ACGGCACCUUCUUCGAAGAGUGCCGUUGACGAUAAGCAUCCGGAUUUGUCAUCUUCGGGAGAGGAUUACGGUGAGGGUCGUAGUAGAGCUUCAAGUGAUUUCGAGGAAAGCCAAAAGGUUCCACCGGCUGUGUUUACUAAUCAUGAUUGCAAAAUUUGUCAACACAUCGAUCUGUACCAGGCGUUUGUACCGGGAGACACACUGCAGAAAAGACUUUCCCGUUACCUGCGGCGGAUGUGCUACCUAGACCAGACGAGUCCUCUAAGCCGAGAAGUCUUCCGCAGUGAUACCGCUAUGAAGCGGGAAAUUUCGCGACACAUAAGCUUCUACGCGAGUACGAUACAUCCGUUCAGUUAUAUACGUUUCUGCUGGGAGAGCAUCAUGAUCGUUACGUUUGCCCUAGCAUUCAUAGUUCUGCCGUACGAUGUCGUUUACCUCUAUCAUCCUGAUGAGUAUGACGUUCUGUCCUGGUUUCACGUACUUGUAUUGUGCGUUGAUUUCAUUUGUUUGAUCGACAUAUGUUUCAACAUCCGUACUGGGUACUACGAAAAAGACCGCCAAUAUGUUGAAUUGAGUGCCGGAAAGAUAGCUCAUCGUUACUUGCGGUUUUGGUUUUGGAUCGAUUUAAUCAGCUCGGCACCAGAUCCGCUAUUUUCGCACUAUAUUGUACCGAAACAAGCGCUGCACCACGCAUUUAUCGAAUGCCUAAGCAAACGCGAAUUCCACUUCGGGUGCUUCUGGGACUCAUGGAAAGUGCUUUCGGUUAUGAAAAUUUUUCGUCUACCAACCUUUCUGCGUUACAUCAGCAACGUGUUCAAACGAUUUCGCAUUCGCCGGAAUGUGUUUAAAUUCACGACGAUCGCCACCAUCAUCGUGCUCUCCUUCCACUGGAUGUCCUGCAUGAUGUUUCUGGUGCCUCGGUUCGCUCAGGGUACCGAUCCGGAGCUGGUGGACCCGCAGUCGUGGACCGUGAAGGACGAUCUUUGGGACCAGGAGCCAAUUUAUCGCUAUUACGAAACACUCGCGCGAACAGUUUACUUGCUGGGCAUGGUAACCCACUCAAUCGACUUUUUUAUGACCAACGAGGACGUUGUGAUGGACAUGCUCGCCAUCGUUAUAGGUUAUGUGUUGAAGAUCUACAUUCUCGCGGAAUUGAUUAUAUUUAUACGAAUCAUGUUCUCGAGCACCACUAAGUAUCACGAACAACAUCACGAACUUCAGAACUACAUUCGUCACGAACAACUUCCGGCAUCGUUGGAAAAGCAACUGUUUCAAUAUUACGACUACCGAGUGGCCGAUUUGUACAGUCGAAAAGCGAUGAUUGACCAAGUAACCGGCGCACAGUUCUUUUUUGCCAUCCGGAAGGACGUGGCCGGUCCUUUGAUAGCCGAUGUUACUCUAUUUCGUGACACAUUGAGCGCAGGCGUGAUUCAUAAGCUACUAGCGGCGCUCAGGUAUCAGAUUUUCCUAAAGGAUGACCUUGUGGUAAAUGCUGCUCGGGGCAGUAAGUUUGCGGACAUGGUGUUCGUCAUUCGGGGCACUGUCGCCAUCUAUACGAGUGCCUGGCGCGAAGUACUUCAUCUGGAAGAUGGUGAACAUUUUGGUGAAUAUCAACUGGUACUGGAUGAUCCUGACAUUAAAUAUUCCAAUAUAGUUGCAGUCGAAACCAGUGAAGUGUACGUUCUAGAUAAGUCAGUUUUCAACGAAAUACUAUCCCAACAUCCGAUUUUGCAAGAACAGAUUGCUACUUUAGCUCGGGAGCGCUACGAUGCUUUAGUUGCUCUGGAGAAAAAUUUAGUGUUGAAGACUAUUGAAGAAACGGAAACUAUCAGACGUACCCGAAAAUUUUACCAGUAAUGGUGAAUUCACGGGAGUGAAGAGAAUUUUUUUAAACAACAAAAAAUGAACUGAAUAGCGUUACUCUGGUUUCAUUAGUCAUUUACACCCAUCAUAUGUAUAUGUAUAUAUUGUCUUAUCACGUUCUGAUACUAAAUGCGCUUCGGCAGCGAUUCCAUUCAGCUACAACUGAUGAGUACAACAGACAAGAUAUUUUUUUAGAAAUCCAUUCAAUUAAACAUCAUCAUCUAUUUUCCCAAUUUCUGUCCUGAUGCGCGAAUCCUCGGGCAAACCGAGUAGCGCAAAAGUAUUACAUGACAUCAAACA